GAUAACUACAGACCCAUAAGAGGAUUGCUGGACAAUGGCAGUUUUUGAUACCCCACAAGAAGCGUUCGGGAUCUUGCGCCCAGUUUGUGUACAGCUGACAAAGGUGCAGACUACUGAGAAUGUGGAACGCUUGCAGGCUCAGCUGCAGACAGUCAGUGACUCUGCCCUGCAGGAACUGCAGGAGUACGUCCUUUUCCCAUUGAGGUUCACCCUGAAGACCCCAGGACCCAAACGGGAGAGUCUUGUCCAGAGUGUGGUGCAGUGCAUCACGUCCAUCCUUUCAACAACAUGUGUGAAGAAGCAGGACCUCCUUCAGGAGCUUUUUUCUGAGCUCUGCCUGUGUCUAUCUUCUCCUUCUGGUUUGCAGCCACCAGCCCCGCUAUCAGAGGAAUUAAAACUGACUGUAAUCCAAGCACUCCAUGUCCUGAUGCAUUCAGCUUAUGGGGACAUUAUCCUGACUUUGUAUCAGCCGUCUACCCUUCCUCACUUAGGAUUUGCUGUAUCUUUGCUUUUGGCCUUGGCAGAACAAGAGAAAGCAAAACAAAUUAAGCUGGCUGCCUUAAAGUGUUUACAGGUCCUCAUUCUGCAGUGUGACUGCCAGGAGCAUCAUAGACUCCUAGACACGGUUGAAACAAGACAAUGUGGGAAUUUGUUUGCUUCUUUUCUACCUGGGAUCUCUAUUGCCCUGUCCCGGGUUAUUACUGGAGACAUCAAACAAGGUCAUAUGGUCACUGUUUCUGCCAUCAGGCUCUUUUAUCAAACUGUCUGCUUGGUAAUGGCAGAUGAACAACUAGCCACAAUCACACAGGAUGAAGAGAAGCCUUCAGUGGAACAAAGCAGACGAUCUGAGCUUGUGGUCCAUAGAGGACCGGACUGGGUAAAAGGCACUGCAGACAAAUUGUCUCUCCUUAUCCACAAGAUAGUUGAAUUUGCUUCUCUUCACCCUCACUGGAAGGUCAGGAUGGAAUUGGUGGAGCUGGUCCAUCUCCUUAUGUUGAAGUGUAGUCAGUCACUGGUGGAAUCAGUUGGUCACCUGUUAAAAGCCGUGGUUGGGCUUGUUAAUGAUGAAAACAAUGAAGUCCAAAGCAAGUGUCAUGAGAUUCUCAGGAGCAUUGCGGAGCUGAGAACAGUAGCUGAGAACAGGGCUCUUGCUGAUGUUCUGUCAGAGAAUCUGCAUUCCCUUGCCACAGCCCUUCCACGUCUGAUGAACUCCCAGGAUGAUCAAGGCAAGUUCUCUACCUUGAGCUUAUUACUCGGCUCCCUGAAGCUGCUGGGCCCCAAGGUGAACAUUGUGCUCAACUCUGCAGCCCACCUCCAGCGUCUCUCCAAAGCCCUGAUGCAAGUUCUGGAGCUGGAUGUAGCUGAUGUGAAGAUUGUUGAAGAAAGACGUUGGGGCCCUGAAGACUCUCUAGGUGAGCCCUUGGGUUCCUUGCAGCAUGGCAAAGGUCAGAAGAAAUACUUCCGGUUCUUCAUUGAUGAGCGGAUUUUCUUGCUCAUUCAGCAGGUUUGCCGGGUACUUGGCUACUAUGGGAACCUCUACUUGCUAGUGGAUCAUUUCAUGGGGCUAUACAACGAAUCUGUUGUGUACCGGAAGCAAGCUGCCAUGGUCCUCAAUGAGUUGAUCACAGGAGCUGCUGGACUGGGGGUAGAUGUUCUUCACGAAAGGGAAACUGCAGUGAGCAUGGAAGACCUUAAAGGGACCAUAACAUCCAUCCUCGAAGAAUUUACUGACCAGGCAAACUGGUAUCUGACCACCAGCAUUGACGCUGAGGGAACCAGCGAUGAGUUAACUGUGAAACAUUCAAGAGUACGCGCUAUCCCAAGAGGUGCACACAGCAGUUCUUUGAUUUCAUCCUCCUCCCCUUCUUCAGACCCAAGCCCAACCAUCCGCUCCAUGAACAGCAAUAUCUGGCAGAUCUGCAUCCAGCUGGAGGGGGUUGGCUGCUUUGCGUAUGUGCUGGGGAAAGAGUUCCGCUUGCUUCUAGCAUCAGUCCUCUACCCUGUGCUUGAAAAGGCCGGGGACAGCACUCUGCUCAUUAGUCAGACGGCGACUGGAACCAUGGUGGAUGUCUGCCAUGCCUGUGGCUAUGACUCCGUGCAAAAUCUGAUUAAUGCUAACUCGGACUAUCUGGUGAAUGGGAUUUCCCUAAACCUGCGUCGGGUGGCACAUCAGCCUCACGCCUCGCGGGUCCUGGAGGCCAUGCUCAGGCAUUCAGAUGCCAGCCUUCUCCCACUGGUGGAGGAUGUGAUCCGAGAUGUCCUGGCUGCCCUUGAUCAGUUUUAUGACGACCGAGCUUCCUCCUUCCUUGGGGUCCUGUCCACAUUAGUGGCAGCUUUAGGUAUCUAA